AUGUCCUUCGUUGUGACUGAGCCGAUCACGGAGGGACUCGUGGUGCUGCACACGAGCUUGGGAGACAUCCUUAUCGAGCUGUGGAGGCGCGAGUGUCCAAAGGCUGUCCGCAACUUCGUGCAGCUGUGCCUAGAAGGCCAUUACGACGGCGUCCCCUUCCACCGCAUCGUGCCGGGCUUCAUCGCGCAGACGGGAGGUUCGGACGAGUGUAUCUACGAUGAAGGAAACUUUGGGAUCGAGACGAACCAGCGUCUCAAGUUCAACCGGCGAGGUUUAGUCGCCAUGGCUGCUGAUCCGACGACGAAGAGCAACAUGUCGCAGUUUUUCUUCACCCUCGACGCAGCGCCCGAGUUGCAGAACAAGCACACUCUUUUCGGCCGGGUCGCCGGCGACAGUCUCUUCAACCUCCUCAAGCUGCAAGAAGUCGAGCUCGAACCUGGAACCGACAAGCCCGUUUUUCCGCCGACGAUCAAGCGUGCCGAGGUUCGCGUUGACCCGUUCGAGGACGGUCCGGAUCCGAUCAGGCCGAGGAUUACGGCGGAGGAGAGGCGCGAGCAGGAGAAGGCAAAGAAGGAGAUGAUGGCGGAGCGGGCAAGGGAGAAGAAGCAGGGCAAGAGGAAGGGGACAAAGAACAAGGCGCUCCUCUCGUUCGGCGCGGACGCAGAAGAGCCGGAAGACGCCUCGCUCCCGAAGACCAAGAUCAAGUCUGCCCACGACGUCCUGCACGACUCUCGCCUCAGCAGCCAAGUCGUCGACGACCGAGGCUUGUCGGCAACUCUUCCUCCGGAGCUUAUGGGAGGACCGCCUGUGCCGGAUCGGGAGGACAAGGGGAAGCGGAGACGAACGGAGGACGACUCGGAGCGGCUGCGAGCCGAGAAGCGCGGGCGGGCCGAAGCGGAGCCAUCGGGGUCGGCAAAGCUCGACGAGGCCCGCAAGCUCAAGGAGAAGGCGCCGAAGAGCGAGGCCGAACGCCGGAAGGAGGAGAUCGCAAAGGUGCAAGCGGAGUUGAAGAAAAUGACCGGCAAAGUCGGUUCGGACGACGAGGACGCGGGCAAAGCGAAGAAGGCGAAGCGCAGCGGACCCUCGCUCCUCCAGCUCGAGCGGGAGAAGUACAUGCGCGGCGGAGUGAAGUCGACGGGCAAGGGCAAGAAGCGCGCGAACGACGAGGAUGACGUGCUCGACGCGCUUGAAGGGUUCAGGAGCAAGCUCUUCCAGGCGGCGAAGACGGCGCCCAAGGACGAGGAGGAAGAGGAGGACAAGCCGGAGAAGUUGCAUGGCAUCGACUUGAACGACGACGAGCUUGAAGAAGAUACCGAGGGCUGGAUGACGCACUCGCUCAAGUUCCGCAAGGACGCGACGCAGGACCUCCACGCGCUCGACGAGUACGCCGUCGUCGAUCCGCUCGCCAAGAACUCGAUGACGCUCGACGAGAUGAAGAAUAAGGCGACCAACCGAGGCGCGAGGCGGUAUGCUGGCGAAGAGCGGGAGGAGCGUCGCGGAGGAGGAGGGGCGAGCGGGAGUGGCAGCGGCAGCCGGUACGAGGGAGGCAGGGACAGGAACCGCGGCGAUCGGUAUGGAGGAGGCGGGCGCGACCGUGACGACCGGUACGGCGGACGGGAUGAGCGGGAUCGGAACAGGCCCGAGGUGCGAGGCGACUGGAAGCAGGCUCGCGUGUCUACCACCGACCUCGCCUGA